GAUACAUCUAUGGGAAAAUCACAGAUGAGCUAGUGCUGCGCCUUUUGACGCGGUAUUUUGAACGAUAAGCUCUUUUAUUUUUUGUGUAUUAAUUAUUUUCUUGGAAAAUCAUAAUCUUUGAGGCAACGAAAGAAGGUUUGAGCAUUUAGUUACAGAUCGUGCAAUCACUUCGGAUAAAAGAAACAACUUUUAUGUUGCAAUUCAACUAUUUAUAUCAUAACAAUUACCUAACUGAAUUUGAGGGGACAUGAAUUUAUUGAAUAUUUGAUUAUCUAGUCAACAUAACAUACCUUCUACAUGUCUUACCAGGCGGGACAGCGCACAAUGGUGGUGAGGAUGAUCCUCUUGUGGCAAUGUGCUGUGUUGUGGAUCACCGGCGAGGCGAACUGCCCAGAGCGACCGGGACACCAGUACUGCGUGCAGCUCAGCCCUCGUGCGCAGCAGCGCGAGGCAGUAGCGCACUGCUACCAGCUGUGGGACCGCGCCAACGUGACGGUGUGGCAGCUGCACCGGCUCCGGCCGGACGUGUUCCACGAGCUGAGGCUCGAGCUGAUGUCCCUGGGGGUGCGGGAGGUGUGGCUGGAGGCAGAGGCCCCGCACGAUGGUGGCCUGUUCCUCCACACCUACCCCGGCAACGCUCUGCUCCAAGCCCCGGUGGCGGGGCUGGAACUGGCCCCGGCUCGCGGGGCGGGCAAGCGGUGCGUCUCGUGGCAGCUGCCCGCGAUGCGCCACACCCCUCGGCGCUGCCGGCCCUCGUCGCCGCGAAGGUACUUCCCGGCCGUCUGCCUCGCCUCCCCGUCGCCCGUCAGGGUGGUCCACGCCGGCUGCCCCCCGGGGUUCUUCCGCGCUCCUCGGAUAGCGCGCUGGUGCGUUUCCGUUCAGAGAACCGACGAUUUGGUGAACUGGGGCCAGGCGGCGGACAUCUGCAAAGCUGCACACUGGCACGCCCAUGUUAUCCAGCUAGGGUACGGUGCACUCGUCCGUGGCGGGUUUGGCACCUGUCCGGUGGGCUUGAGGAAGGUGGAGACUCGCUUUGGGGAAGUCCGGUACGUGUGGAUCCACAAAAACCAAUACCUGGAUGAGGUGGUUGGAGUAUCGUUGAAGAAGCUGUUGUCUGCAAACACAACACAGUCAGUGUCCCUUGGUGCAGUUAAAACUGGAAGCAAUCCUUCAUUGUUCCUGGUUCCUGAUAAUUUCAAAUUCAACUGUGUGGCCUGCGAAAUGCCUGUCACUUCAGUUGCACCUACUCUCACUUUAAUGUUAAGUGUAGAGAAUGGUACCCUCCAAAUUUUGUUGGAGGCUAAACACAGCUUUUCACUGCUGACAGAAAAAUCACAGGAUGCUCACGCUGUACAAAGAGUAAAACUGAGAUGUUUCACGGAUGCCACUUCCUUCUACCCACAGAGCGUGGAUGUGGCGAGGAUCCACGGAAGCGUCUACAGUCUCUCAGGGAAAGGAGACGGCUACUACUGGUGUUACGCACAAGAAGUAUUCACACUGCAGCCUGUCUCUUCUAAUGCAGUUUUUGUGAAAAGUGGAGGUUCUUCUCAAAGAUGGGCCGUUCAAGUGCAUACCAGCUCUUCUGUUCUUGGCAGAUAUGUCUUUUUGUCCCGUUUCAGCAACGACACUGUGGACAGUGACUGGCUCUGUUUGUUGGCAAACCUCCUCACAGUAGAGGCAACCAGUCUGAAGCUCAAGAGGGUAUACAGAAAUGGUACACUCUUCCUUCUACAUGUACAUCAGCAAAAUUAUUUAAAAGUUACAUCACCAAACGCUGUUAUACAUGGAGUUAAAUACAGUAUUGCUUACAUACGUAAUGUUGACUACUGUGCUAGGGAAGAAGUACAGCAGAAUGAUGUUUUCUUGGAUUGGCCGAAAACUGAAAUAGGAAAAACUGUGAAACAAGUAAAGCACGGAAAGCAGUACAGCAGAACUUGCAAAGGAGACUUCACUGUGGGAGCACACUGGAGCAUACAAAUAGAAGCCAAUGAUGAGACACAGUCUAACAGGCCCGAGAAUAUUUCAGAUUACUUGGCAAUAUCAGGAGAUAGUAGGAUCGUAGAAGAGGUGCACCCUGAAAUCCUUGAAGCUGCUAGCAGCUUGCAGAAAUUAGCUGGCACUCGUGUUAACAAAACCAUGUUACUCUCUGCAAUUGAUAUAUUUGAUAAUGUCCUCAACUUCAAUAUAAGUUCAACGGUGAACAGUCGUGCUGCUGGCACAGACAUUUUGCAGAACAUGGAUAACAUUCUUAAAAAUGUUCAGGUUAAUGAAGAUUUAAAGAUUGUGAAGCAGAACACUGCAGUUUUCAUUUCUGGUGAAUCUGGUCAAGACCAAAUAGCUGGUAUUUCUUUCUCGACACCACAGCAGGUACCUACGGAAAAACUAUCACGUGUAGGAAAUUCGCAGUUGGAUUUAUUGCAUCACAAUCAGUCGGUAAGUUUCCUGCUGAAGAAAAGUAAUGUUGAUGUAGCAGUUUUGUUUUCUGAAUCUGUAUCAAAACUGAAGCCAAGAAUGUGUGUGAUUUUUGGCAACAGUUCAGUACUGGUAUCUGCUUCGAAGUGGGAUGCGCAAAACACGGAGCUGAACAGCAAAGUUGUCGGCGUGGUCGUGAAAGGUAAAGAUGGAAUAUUCGAAGAUGGUUUCGUAGACGUCAUGUUCAGGCCUCAGAACGUAGUAGGUAAGAAAAUGUGCGCUUACUGGGACUUCAUCACAUGGUCGUGGAACACGCGAGGAUGCAAAAUCAACUCUUCCGUCGGGGGACUGGACGUUUGCCGCUGCCGCCACGCGACGUAUUUUGCAGAGAUGGUGAUCAGGAGCGGUCGGGAGCUGAGCAGCAGCGACCACUUGGCUCUGGACGUGAUAUCUAUCGGCGGCUGCACGUUGUCGCUGGCAGGGCUCCUGGGGAUAGGCGUGACGGCCGCGGCGAUCCCCGGUUGGAGGCGCAAGCCGAGCAACCAGCUGCUGCUGAACCUGUCGGCCGCGGUGGGACUCAAGAUGCUCUUGUUCCUCGUCGCGGCCACGGGGCGCACCGGCCACGGGGCCUGGUGCGUGGCGGUGGGCGCCGGCCUGCACUACGCCCUCCUCGCGUCCUUCUGCUGGAUGCUCCUGGUCGCCCUGCUGCAGUAUCAGCGGCUCGUGAACGUGUUCGGCCGGCCGCACCCGUCCCGCCUGCUGCUCAAGAGCUCUCUCUUCUCCUGGGGCGUGCCCAGCGUGCCGGUGGCCGCCCUCCUCCUCGUCGAUCCUCGCCUCUACACCACCCGCGCCGAUUUUGGCCCGCGGCGUAAGUUCUGCUACCCCGGCGGCACGGCAUUCUACCUGGCUGUGGUCUUCCCUGUGUCCGUCGUCACGUCUUGCAACGUUCUCAUUUUCUUCGCCAUCAUCUUGAACAUCUCGAACUGUGUGAACAGAAUUGAGACGAAGGCCUACGGGCUUUCUUCCAGGAAAGCGUAUCUUUAUCGUGUCCUAAUGGGACUGCUGCUUUUCUUCUUGCUCGGCACCACCUGGGUGUUUGGUCUUCUGGCACAGGUAACUGUGUUUGCAUACAUUUUCUGCAUCACCGCCACUCUCCAGGGAGCUGUUCUGUUCCUGUUCUUCAUUGCUGGUUCGCAGAAGACCCGGGCCAGGUGGAGCGUCAAAAUGCCCACAUACAGCAUAAAACGCACAGUGAAAAGUUCAUCUGCCACCAGAACUACCAGCACGAGCAGAACACAGCAAUCGGAUGUUCCUGAAGCACUGGAAACAUAUACCCAAAAGCAAGAUAUUAACUGAAAGAUUUAUACUCUUAUUUAAAAUGUAUCAAGUUAUGUUAGAUUUUAUGUAUCAGAGAGUGAUGUUAAUUUUAAUUUUGGAUGGUAACAUAUAAAAAUGGAUACACCACUA